GCCAGUAAACUGCGAGUCCUCCUUGCUCCGUCGCCCUCUGUCUCCUCUCCUCACAUCUCCCCUCUCUCACUGCCGUUCCCCAAAGCAGUUUCGGCUUCUCUUCUCGGGCGAGGGGGAGGCCGGCGGCGGCGACCUUCGCGAGGACAGAAGGGAAGGGGCGCGUUGGAUCCCGCUGGGUUGGAUUGGAUUGGGAUCGGAUCACCGUGGGCAGAUGCGCUGAGCUCCUGCCGGGCAGAGUGAGCUAUGGGCGACCUUGCUGAUCUCGCGUGCGCGGGCGAGGCCGCGCGCUCGCAUCUCGCCGGCGGCGGCCGCCGGGACCUGCUGGCGGAGCUGCUGGAGCUCGCGGCGGCGGACGACGCCGCGGGGUUCCGGGAGAAGCUCGCGGCGGCAGGCGGCGAUGCGGAGCUGGCGGACGGGGUCGGUCUGUGGUACGGCCGGAGCAAGGCGUACGAGCCGCGCACGCCGCUGAUGGUGGCGGCGACGUACGGCAGCGCGGAGGUGGUGGCGCUGCUGCUCGGCCUGGGAUGUGUCGACGUCAACCGGCGCCCGGGCAUCGACGGCGCUACCCCGCUGCACUGCGCCGCCUCCGGCGGCUCGCGGAACGCCGUCGCCAUCGUCAAGGUACUCCUGGCUGCCGGCGCCGACCCGGUCAUUCCCGACGCCACCGGCCGCUUCCCUGCCGACGUCAUCCUGGCUCCUCCUGCUUCACCGGACGCCUUGGGCGAUCUGGAGAUGCUCCUUGGUCGCCGCCGAGGUCUAGCUGUCACGACCUCGGUACCAUCGGGCUCGUCCUCCCCGCCGCUCUCGUCCUCGCCGGAUGAGGGCAACAGGUCGCCAUCCACGCGGUCAUCUUCGUUGUCCCCGAUCACCGUGGACCGUGCCAAGAAGGAGUACCCGGUGGAUCCGACGCUGCCAGACAUCAAGAGCAGCGUCUAUGCCUCCGACGAGUUCCGCAUGUUCGCAUUCAAGGUGCGGCCCUGCUCCAGGGCCUACUCGCAUGACUGGACCGAGUGUCCGUUCGUGCACCCCGGCGAGAACGCCCGCCGCCGGGACCCCCGCAAGCACCCGUACACUGCUGUGCCCUGCCCCAACUUCCGCCGCCCUGGUGGCUGCCCCAGCGGUGAUAGUUGCGAGUUCUCCCAUGGUGUGUUCGAGAGCUGGCUCCACCCGUCGCAGUACCGCACAAGGCUCUGCAAGGAGGGCGCAGCUUGUGCCCGCCGCAUCUGCUUCUUCGCCCAUGAUGAAGAUGAGCUCCGCCAUGUGCCUCACAAUAGUGGUGCAGGUUUGCUGUCUCCCCGUGCCUCUUCAUCUAUUGACAUGACUGCUGCUGCUGCUCUUGGGCUGCUACCUGGAUCUCCUACCAGGCACUUUGUGCCAACCCCUCUGUCGCCAUCUGCCACCAACAAUGGUGGAGGUGCUGCUGCUCAUUGGCUCCAAGGUAGCAGGCUGCGUUCUUCUUUCAAUCCAAGGGAUGCACAGGCUGAUGACCUUGGCGCGCUCCUGGAAUGGGAAUCACAAUACCUUGGAGCGCUCAGCCUCCCACAAAACAGCCGAUCCCAGCCCCGUCUUUCUACUGGUCUGAGCAUUCGGCCAACAGCAAUUGCUCCAUCUAACCUCGAAGAGAUGUAUGCUUCAGACAUGGCAAUGUCACCAAGGUUCACUAAUGACCAAAGUCACUCAGUCUACUCACCAGCACACAAAUCAGCCCUCCUAAACAAGUUUCAUCAACAAAAGGGCCUCCUGUCACCUGUUAAUACCAACAGGAUGUACUCUCCAAGGGGUCUCGAUCCGUCAAUUAUUCAUUCUCCAUUUGGUGGUAUGUCUCCUCGGUCCCCUCGGACCAUGGAGCCAACAUCUCCCCUAAGUGCCCGUGUUGGAGCUACUGUCACACAGCGUGAUAUGUUUGAUCAUUUCUCGUCCGUGAACAAGCAUCAGUUGCCAUCUGUUGGUUCGCCACGGAAUCUUAAUGCUUCAUGGAGCAACAUUGGUACCCCAAAGAGUAAGGUUGACUGGGGUAUUGACAAUGAGGAGCUGGUCCGUUUGAGGCAUCCUGCUCAACCAGGAGCUGCAGAAGAGGAGCCAGAUGUGUCAUGGGUGCAGUCACUGGUGAACAAUGCUGAGCUGAAUGGCAAGCGGGGUGAAAUGGCAGGCAUGGCCUCUGGACCGAUGAGUAGGCCUGACCUGAGCAGUCAGGGUGAUUCAGUGGAUCAGACGAUGAUUGCUUCUUGGCUUGAGCAGCAGAUGCACUUGGAGCCGAAAUAACUGUCAAGGGAGGCCUUUUACUGCUAAGGUGGACGAAACCUUCAUUUUGCUGGAUUAGUUACCGAAGAAUAGUUAUUUGUCCUAGUAAAUAAUAAUAUUCUUUUGUAUUCUUGAAAUUUUUGUUCGCAAAAGUCAGAGAUGGUGGUCCUCAGCAAAGCAUUCGGUCAGAGAUUGGUAGCUGAAAGCAGCUGCCCAGUAUUGGUAAACGACCUGUUACUUUGGAGGUCCUAACUAGUAUUCUUUUCAUUAGUUCAGAUGAGGUAAAAUUCAUAUGGUCCACCAUGAGUCAAUAGUAAUUGUGUUGAUCUCUGUAACAAAAGAGAUUAUAGUUCUUUUCCCCUCAUUUAUCAAUGAAUGAUUUCAUGAAAACAUCAAUAAUUCCAAUUUGUUGUUCCUCAGGUUAAUACAUCUGUACUUUCAUA